UCUUGAAUGUUUACAAUUUAAUGGAUAUCUAGGUUUUACUGUUUGGUAAUCAUCGAGAUAUGACGUAAAUUUCAUUUUUUAAUUAAUUGGCUUUUCAUACCAUACGUUCGUGUACCUUUUGACCCAUAAAAAUGAAUUCCAAAAAAGUUCAUCUUAGUUGAUAAAAUAUUGUAUUUAUGGGUCAUUACUUUCGUAAUUUUAAUUAACUCAUAAGCGAGUUUGUUGGUGGUAAAAUGUCUACUUCAGAGACUGGUGUGGGAUGUAUUAGCGAGGUUACCCUUGCUAUUAGUAAAGCAAGGACUUCUCAAACAGGAUCCAUAAGGGUACUCGACAGUCCUGAUUCUGAUGGAUCUGGCCAUUCUAAUUCGUUUUCCAUACAACGAUUUAAUUAUCCUAACGAGAAUACUAAUUCUAAUAUUCUUCCACCUCCCUUAACAAACGAUGAUUUAAGAAUACCUAUUGUUGGUUAUGAAGUUAUGGAAGAGAGAGCUAGAUUUACAGUAUACAAACUUCGUAUUGAAUUGAAGAAUGGUGAUUGUUGGUUUGUCUUCAGAAGAUACACUGAUUUUGUACGUUUAUUUGCUCAAUUAAGAAGACAAAAGCUUCCCAUUUCUCAUUUGUCUUUGCCGCAAAAAAAAUGGCUCGGUGACAAUUUUGCACCUAGUUUUUUAGAAGAAAGGAUACGUGGUUUGCAAGCAUUUGUCAACGGGAUAUUAAGUAAUCCAAUUCUUAUAGGUAGCUCUUGCGUUAGACAAUUUUUUUGUCUUGAUGAACCACCUGCUUUGUCAGACACUGCAGAAGAAUCUAGGGCUAUUUUUGAAGCGAUGGAAGAUACAAUUUAUCAUUUAAGACAACAACUUAGAGAACGAGAUAAUGCUCUAGCAGCAGAAUCUGCGCUUUGCAAUGAAUUACAAAAGAAUUUACAUCAGAUGUUGAGCGAAAGACAGAUUUGUUCUAAAUGUGGCUCGACUCAAUAAAACAUUUGAUUGUGAGAUACAUUAGAUGAAUUUUAUUAUAUAUUUAUUUGAAUAUUUUUAGAAAAAGAGAUUUCUACGUAAAAGAUACUAUUCAGUUUAAGGUAAUGUUUGUUAUAACAUCUGCGUAUAGAAUGUAAAAUUUGUAAUUUUAUUAUUUAAUCUUAACAUUUAAUGUUACGACUUAUUUAGUGUAAACAAACAAAGAUUUCUUAAGUAUUCUUAAUGUUAAUAUUUAUGAAGAGAGAGAUAUCUGCACAUAUUUUAUAAUAUUUAUAUGGAUCGUUCUAGUGAU